AUGGUGAUCUCGGGGAACUACACGCCAGGGAGAAAUGUGGCCGCUCAGAAUGUUCCCCUGGACCCGUUUGAUACAUUCGUCGCAUCGGAAAGUUUCUCGGCAGCGCUCGAGCGAUUCGAGGAAUUGCUUUACGAUAUUAAUGUCAAUGUGGACAAUUUCUACGGAAUCGGGCUUUUGUACAAACUGAGGAAAUCCAUCACAACUUGGAAAGCGAAGCAGCUGCUGGACAAAAUCUGCUCGCGCUCAGAGAACGCCGUUUACUUCCCAACUCGGGCGGAUGCGAUUCAACUCAAGAAACGGGUAGCUGAAGGGAAGAAAUGCCUCAUCAUCGGAGCCGGGCCAUGUGGCCUCCGUACUGCCAUAGAAAUGGCCUUCUUAGGCGCUCAAGUUCACGUGGUCGACUCUAGGAAAGAAUUCUCACGCAACAACAUUCUACAUUUAUGGCCCUUUUGCAUUGCUGAUCUGAAAGCACUGGGAGCCAAGUCAUUCUUUGGGAAAUUCUGCUCUGGCGCCAUUGAUCACGUGCCAAUCAGACGAUUGCAGCUCAUCUUGUGCAAGGUGGCACUGCUUCUUGGAGUCAAAUUCACAAGGGAGGUGUUUUGCGAUGAAGUUGCGAAGGAUGCGGGUGGAAAUUGGACUGUAAGACUUAGACCACACGAUCCAGAAAUCUCAGCUGUACGAUGGGAUACAAUUGUAGACUCGACUGGUGGAUCAGCGGGGACUUCUUCAAUCCUGUCCCCAGAUUUAGCCCGAAAAGAAUUUCGCGGCCUCCUCGCGAUUGGAAUCACUGUCAACUUUAAGAACUUCAAUUCGGCGCAAGAAGCGCGCGUUGAAGAAAUCUCAGGCGUCGCGUCGAUUUACAAGCAGCAUUUCUUCAAGCAGCUUCGGAAUACUACUGGGAUCGACUUGGAAAACAUCGUUUACUACAAGGACGAGACGCACUAUUUUGUGAUGACUGCGCGGGCGAAGUCAUUGUAUGAGCGAGGCGUGCUCUUGAACCACUCAGACAACUCGGAAACGCUCCUAAGUCGAUCGAACAUCGACCCCAAUCAGCUUCAGAAUUACGCGCUGGACGCAGCAAAUUUCGCCACAAACUACAAACUCAAGGAUAUUUUCGAAUUCGAAACCAACUCUCGUGGCAAUCCAGACGUCUCUAUUUUCGAUUUUACUUCCCGGUACCAUUCAAAAUAUGCGGCAAUUAUCAGGAGAUGUCGCGGGCGAGAUGUUCUCGGACUGCUUGUUGGCGACUCUUUGAUCAAUCCUUUCUGGCCGACUGGAACGGGCAUUGGAAAAGGUUUCUUAGGCGUUUUCGAUGCUUGCUGGACAUUCCGCGAAUUCUGCCUUGGCAAGAAGUCUCAGCAACAGAUUCUUCAGGAGCGGGAAGUUAUUUACAAGAUUCUCGACUCAUGUGAUCCGGGUAAUAGCGCUUCUGCUUUGAUCCAAAAGUUCGCUGGAUACACAAUCGACCCCAAGACGCGUUACAAUUUGCUGGGGAUCGGAAACAGGAGUGAGAAUGUUCCGAUUUUGUUUGUCGAAGAAGAUCACAAAUCUGGCAAGAAACGAUCUCUUGCGCCAAAUGAUCCGUUCAAUACGAAGAGGUCUCGUUGUGGGACGAUGAAAGAUCAAGAAACACAAGUUUUGAACUGGAUGAGGGCUGUGAUGCCGCUUGAAAAGAAGUACAGAAAUUGUGGGUUGCAAGAACUUCCAUGGAAAACCGGCACGGUAUUAUUAAACUUGAUCAAAUCAAUUCGACCAGACUGGCUAGCGAACUCCGAAUCACCAAAGAAAAUGAGCGCAACGGCGAAAGUGGAGCUGGCCCUUUCUGUAUGCGAGGAACAGUUCUCUUUGCAAAAAAUUGGCGCAGCAAAAGACUUCGUCCGCUCAAAACCUGACUUGCUAAUGCUUAUCACGACCUUGACCCAGAUCAAAAACGCGUAUCAAUCUGCCCCACUGGUGAACCCUCAAGUCUCAGAUGCUUCAGACGUCAGGAAAUCAAGUUCAAAACCCUCGAAGAAGAGCAACGCAAAGAAGAGUCUUGAGCAAAGCAUUUCAAAAAUGGCGAAUUCACUCAAGCGCAGGUCAACGAUGGCAUCGCACGUCAAGAAAUCCACCGAAGAAAAGAGCACUAAAGAAAACGCGAAAUUGCCGAAGGAUAAUUUCGCUGAAGCAGACGCAAAAAUGCUCUCUGAUCUUGAGCGACAAGAUAAAGUUGAUGAAAUCAUCGCGCAGCAUAAUGUUCCUCAACCGAAACCAAGGACAAAAUUCCCAAUUCGACGAUCAAAAACGGCAAAGCCCUUCACUCCACUGAGUACAAAUGAGUCCUUGGACCUAUCGGGUAUUUCGGAGACUGGAAUAAGCGACGAUUCGGAUAUGAUCUUGUCAGACGCGAGGAGUAGCAGCGGUAGAGCAAGCUCAAUUCAUAUGCGAGAGAAUCGAAGAUCACCGGCGGGCUCGCAAUUGUCGCCAAGAGGUGAAAUCCAGCUGGGGGAAAAUCAUAACCGUCCUGGAAGCCGACAUUCUAUUGCUGCUCCUCCUUCGAGUUCUGCUAGCUCUGGUCGAGUGUCCGCCAAAGCUCGAUCUCGAAUAUCCGUCGCUCUCUCCUCUUCCGACUGGGAUCAGCCUGCUACUUCGUCUACCUCCUCGCGUUCAUCUAACCGCCUGCCUUUGAAUUCUUCAAAGAAUCUACCUUUGAACUCUUCCGCUAUUUCUAUUCGCUCUGUCCGACUCAACGACGAAGAGGACACUCCGAGAAAGAAGAUGCCGUCGACUCCUGUCUCUCCUCGAAGCACCUCGCCUUUCGACGAAUUCGAAACGCAGAUAUUAGAAGGCGGUCAAGAUAGUCCUCCAGCAUCAAUGCAAUCUGGAAUGGCAAGCCUGCCGCAUUUUGCUUCGUUUCAGAGUCCACAAGUGACACCAACAAGGGGCGUAGCUAGGAAGACGGCCGUCAGAAGGAAGAUUAUUCCUGAUCCUGUCGAGGAAAGCGUCAAGGGAAUAGAUAGGAUUCAGUUAGGACAAACAGCGCAGAAGGCAAAUGGAAAUAUAAAGAUGCGACAGAAUAAGUCAAGGGUUGUUAGGCCGGUUACUUGGACGCCCGAGAAGGAGCAAAGUUCUGAAUCUGAUGAUGAUAUUUACGAAAUGGAACAGCUUACUCGAAGAAGACAGUUGAAAGCGCAGACAGUUCAAAGACAGUUGGAAGAAGUUGCUGUUCGCCAAAUGCAACUUGAAGAACAGUCCGCCAACAUUGAACGACAGAUUCGCAGCGAGACGAUCAACGAUUCAACGGAACUCAUGGAGCAAUGGUUCCAAACUAUUGAAGAAAAGAACCAGCUUUUGCGCCGCGAGAACGAGCUCAUGAUCGAGCAACGCUAUCUUCAACUCGAGGAUCAGCAACAAGCCGUGGCUGCGACGAUCAGAGAACGCCUAAAACUGCCCGAGAAGCAAAAAUCCGAGCGCGACAAGAAAGAAGACCAGCUUUUGUCUGGGGUCAGAAAGUGCUCGUUCCCUCGCUACCACCAGCUCCGCCGUACCUCCACUCUUUAUGUUAAACAUAUUGAGCAUAGCAUUGUCUAA